AUGGCGGUUGGCCUGCGCGGCUGGCUCCCUUGGGCCCUGCUCCUGUGCUCGGCCCGGGGGGAGCUGUACACGCCCAUCCACCAGGCAGGCUACUGCACCUUCUACGAGGAGUGCGGGAAGAAUCCAGAGCUGUCUGGAGGCCUCACGACGCUGUCCAAUGUGUCCUGCCUGUCCAACACCCCGGCACGCCUCGUCACAGGCGAGCACCUGGCCCUCCUGCAGCGCGUCUGUCCCCGCCUCUACAAUGGCCCGAGCACCACCUACGCUUGCUGCUCCACCAAGCAGCUGGUGGCCCUGGAGCUGAGCAUGAGCGUUACCAAGGCCCUCCUCACCCGCUGCCCGGCCUGCUCCGACAACUUCGUCAGCCUGCACUGCCAGAACACCUGUAGUCCCAAUCAGAGCCUCUUCAUCAAUGUAACCCGCGUGGUCCCUCAGGGAGCUGGCGGGCCACCGGCCGUAGUGGCCUACGAGGCUUUCUACCAGCGCAGCUUCGCUGAGAAGGCCUACGAGUCCUGCAGUCGUGUGCGCAUCCCUGCGGCUGCCUCGCUGGCCGUUGGCAGCAUGUGUGGCGUGUAUGGCUCUGCCCUGUGCAAUGCUCAGCGCUGGCUCAACUUCCAAGGAGACACCGGGAAUGGCCUGGCUCCGCUGGACAUCACCUUCCACCUCUGUGAUCCCGGCCAGACCCUGACAGAUGGCAUGCAGCCACUGGAUGCAAUGAUCACACCCUGUAGCGAGGCCCAGGACAACGGCACGGCAGCCUGCUCCUGUCAGGACUGUGCCGCCUCCUGCCCUGUCAUCCCCCCUCCCCCCGCCCUGCGCCCCUUCUCCUACAUGGGGCGCUUGCCAGGCUGGGCUGUCGUCCUCAUCAUCUUCUGCUCUGCCUUUGUGCUACUCAUCACCAUCCUUGCCCGACUCCGUGUGAUUGCUAAGAGGAAGAAGGCCAGAAGCCAGGGGCCCCCUGUGGCCCCCAGCCCUUCGAAGAAACGCAGGUGUUCCCCACACAUGGUCCUUGGCCGCUUCUUCGAGAGUUGGGGGAGAAGCAUGGCCUCGUGGCCACUGACUGUCCUGGCAGUGUCCCUGUUGGUAGUUAUGGGCUUGGCAUCAGGGCUGACAUUUGUGAAAAUGGCCACGGAACCUGUGGACCUGUGGUCAUCCCCGAAAAGUCAGGCCCGGCAGGAGAAGGAGUUCUACGAUGAGCACUUUGGCCCCUUCUUCCGAACCAACCAGGUUUUCCUGACGGCGAUUAACCGGUCCAGCUACAGCUACGACUCCCUGCUGCUGGGGCCCAAGAACUUCAGCGGGAUCCUGAGCCUGGAUCUCUUGCUGGAGCUGCUGGACCUGCAGGAGAGGCUGCGGCACAUGCAGGUGUGGUCGCCCGAAGCGCAGCGCUCUGUUUCCCUGCAGGACUUCUGCUACGCACCCCUCAACCCGCACAACACCAGCCUUUCCGACUGCUGCGUCAACAGCUUCCUGCAGUACUUCCAGAACAACCGCACGAGGCUGCUGCUCACUGCCAACCAAACGCUGAUGGGCCAGACUGCCCAGGUGGACUGGAGGGACCACUUUCUCUACUGUGCCAACUCUCCCCUCACCUUCAAAGAUGGCACAACCCUGGCCCUGAGCUGUAUGGCUGACUAUGGGGCCCCUGUCUUCCCCUUCCUCGCUAUUGGGGGGUACAAAGGGAAGGACUACUCCGAGGCAGAGGCCCUCGUCAUGACCUUCUCCCUCAACAACUACCCUGCGGACGAUCCCCGGCUCGCUCAGGUCAAGCUCUGGGAAGAGGCCUUCGUACAGGAGCUACAAGCCUUCCAGAAGAGGAUGGCUGGCACGUUCCAGGUGGCCUUCAUGGCUGAGCGCUCUCUGGAGGAUGAGAUCAACCGUACCACACUCGAGGACCUGCCCAUCUUUGCCAUCAGCUACCUGGUCAUCUUUGUGUAUAUCUCGCUGGCCCUGGGCAGCUAUUCGAAAUGCCGCCGAGUGAUGGUGGAUUCCAAGGCCACCCUGGGCCUGGGUGGGGUGGUCGUGGUGAUCGGAUCGGUCAUGGCUUCCAUGGGCUUCUACUCCUACGUGGGCGUCCCCUCCUCCAUGGUCAUCCUCCAAGUGGUGCCCUUCCUGGUGCUGGCCGUGGGCGCUGACAACAUCUUCAUCUUUGUCCUCGAGUACCAGAGGCUGCCGCGGAUGCCUGGGGAGGGACGAGAGGCCCACAUUGGCCGGGCCCUGGGCAGUGUGGGCCCCAGCAUGCUGCUCUGCAGCCUCUCGGAGACCAUCUGCUUCUUCCUGGGGGCCAUUUCCCCCAUGCCGGCUGUGCGGACCUUCGCCCUGACCUCUGGCCUGGCGGUUCUCCUCGACUUCCUGUUGCAGAUGACGGCCUUUGUGGCCUUAGUCUCCCUGGACAGCAAACGGCAAGAGGCCCUCCGGCCCGACAUCUUCUGCUGCAUGACCACUAAGAAGAUCCCCCCCUCAGACCAAAGCGAGGGCUUCCUGCUCCGAUUCUUCCGCACAAAAUAUGCCCCCUUCUUGCUGCACGGCUUCACCCGCUGUGUUGUGCUGCUGCUGUUCCUGGCCCUCUUUGGAGUGAGCCUGUACUUCAUGAGUCAUCUUGUUGUGGGGCUGGACCAGGAGCUGGCACUGCCUGAGGACUCCUACCUGCUCGACUACUUCCUUUUCAUGGGCCGCUACUUUGAGGUGGGGCCCCCUGUGUACUUUGUCACCACCUCGGGCUACAACUUCUCCAGCGACGCUGGCAUGAAUGGCAUCUGCUCCAGUGCAGGCUGCGACCCCUUCUCCAUGACCCAGAAGAUCCAGUAUGCCACCGAGUUCCCUGAUGAGUCAUACCUGUCCAUCCCUGCCUCUUCCUGGGUGGAUGACUUCAUUGACUGGCUGACCCCGUCUUCCUGCUGCCGCAUCUAUACGUCAGGUCCCCAUAAGGGCGAGUUCUGCCCCUCAACUGAAAGUCUUUUGAGGUGCCUACAGAACUGCAUAAGCUUCACAACAGGGCCUGUGCGGCCCACGGUGGAGCAGUUCCACAAGUACCUUCCCUUGUUCCUGAGUGACCUGCCCAACGUCAACUGCCCCAAAGGGGGUAUGGCAGCGUAUAGCACCUCCGUGAACUUCAGCGACGAUGGACAGAUUAGAGCCUCCCAGUUCAUGGCCUACCACAAGCCCCUGAAGAACUCACAGGACUUCACAGAGGCCCUGAAGGCUGUGCGCUUGCUGGCCGCCAACAUCACAGCCGAGCUGCGGAAGGUGCCGGGCACGGACCCAGACUUCGAGGUCUUCCCCUACACGAUCAGCAACGUGUUCUACGAGCAGUACCUGACUGUGCUGCCUGAGGGCAUCUUUGUGCUCGCGCUGUGCUUCCUGCCCACCUUCGUGGUCUGCUACUUCCUGCUGGGCCUGGACAUGCGCUCCGGCCUCCUUAACCUGCUUGUCAUCAUCAUGAUCCUCUCGGACACCGUUGGCCUCAUGGCCAUGUGGCAAAUCACCUUCAAUGCCGUGUCCCUCAUCAACCUGGUUGCGGCUGUAGGAAUGUCGGUGGAGUUUGUGUCCCACAUCACCCGCUCCUUUGCCAUCAGCACCAAGCCCAGCCGGCUGGAGAGGGCCAAAGAGGCCACUGCCUCCAUGGGCAGUGCGGUGUUUGCUGGGGUGGCCAUGACCAACCUGCCGGCCAUCCUCAUCCUGGGCCUUGCUAAGGCCCAGCUCAUCCAGAUCUUUUUCUUCCGCCUCAACCUCUUGAUCACCAUGUUGGGCCUGGCCCACGGCCUCAUCUUCCUACCUGUCAUCCUCAGCUACCUGGGGCCUGACAUCAACCCUGCUCUGGUGCUGGAGAAAGAACGAGUACAGGGGGUGGCCACAGCCCCUGAGACCUCCUUCAAGAAGCAGCCCCUGACUCCCAGCCCUGCCACCACCUAUGUCAACCACGGCUUCGAUGGCCCUGCCACAGUAGCCGGUGCCAACUGCGGCCCUGUGCCCAAGAGUGGGCAGAACCUCUGA